AUGGGCGGGUUGAAAGGUAUCGAGAAGGGUCUACGCUCGAACAGGGACACUGGACUCAGCAUCGACGAAAAGCACAUCGACAAGACCAUCACCUUCGAAGAGGCGACGAGCAAGUCGUCUAAGCUUGCAAAUGAGGGCGUUGAGACGCCUCAAACCCCGGUCGCCCGGCGAAACACCGCUGGCGCCAGCCAUGGCGACGAGUAUUUCUCGGACAGGAAGCGCGUAUUCAAGGACAACCGGAUCCCCGAGAAGAAGGGCAAGUCCUUCCUCCAGCUGCUAUGGAUUACCUACAACGACAAGGUUCUGAUUCUCCUUUCCAUUGCGGCGGUUGUUUCAUUGGCUAUUGGUAUCUACGAGACUGUCAGUCCUGAAGGACAGGGAGUCGAGUGGAUUGAGGGCGUUGCUAUCAUCGUGGCUAUUGUCAUCGUGGUUUUUGUGGGGUCUCUGAACGACUGGCAGAAGGAGAGGCAAUUCGCCAAGCUGAACAAGAAAAAGUCGGAUCGGUUAGUCAAGGUCAUCCGGUCCGGCAAGACCAUUGAGCUAUCCGUUUUCGACAUUUUGUCCGGCGACGUGGUCCACCUCGAGCCUGGCGAUCUACUCCCCGUGGACGGUAUCCUGAUCCAAGGCUUCGAUGUUAAAUGUG